AUGACCCUGACGGAGAGAGCGUACGCGCUGCCGGCGAUGGGCGAGCUGCGCGUGACGGCGGCGAGGGGGGCCCACGAGCCGACGGUUGUCACGCUGCAGCCGCAGGCGGAGGAGGGUGCGGACGGGCCUCGAGCGGACGUGUUUGGGACGGAGCUUUUGCCUGGCGUUGCCGUGCGCCUCCCCCCUGGCCGCUCCGUUGGCGUUUUUUCUCCCACCGGCUGCUCGCUGGUAGUUUCGGCGCCGCACGCGGUGCUCCAGGCGUCCUACGCCACGGCGUGCGCCGCGACGAACGCCCGCUCCCUUGCGGACAUCAACACCCACCUGGAGGUGCUGCGUGUCAAGGCGCGAAGAGGCGGCGCCGACGCGUUGGGGCCCCGCGUCCUGUUUGUUGCGGAUCGUCGCGCCGCCGGCACGAGCACCUACGUCCGGACGCUAGUGAACUACGCCGUGCGACUCGGGUACCACCCGCUUCUUCUCGACGCCGCGGCGGAGACGCCCCGCUUCGGUUACCCCGGCCUCGUUGCCCUGUACGCCAUGCAGCACACCGUGGACAUUGAGGAGGAGAUGUGCUUUGCCCCUGCCAUGCACGGCUUUCAGGGCGUUGGGAGGCACGAGGACCCCGCGCUCUUCACUCAGGUGCUGCGCCAGCUGAUGCGGCUGGCCACGGAGCGCAUGGCCCGCAGCGAUCGGUGCCGCGUGGGCGGGGUGUUUGUCGACUACGGGACGGUCUCCCGCUCCCUCGUGGAGGAGGCGGAGGCGUGGGAGUGCUCGGAGGAGAGGCCGGAGGAGCACCGAAAGACAAACCCGCUGGAUGUCUUGGUGGACGCCGUUGCGGAGGCGGACAUCGACCACGUGUUCGUGGUGGGGAGUGCGUGGCUCCGCUUCAAGAUAGCGCAGCGCGUGCAGCAACGUGCGGGUGGGUCCCAGCUGAAGCCGUUUGUGGCGCCCGCCACUGUUACGUGCACCAACGGCAUGAGUCUCCACCUUUUUUUGGUGGACGCAACGGAGUGCGGGGUGGCCAACGACGACGUAUUUUUCAGGCGCCAGCGUUGGCUUCAGUACUUCUUCGGCACCCGCACCACCGCCGUGAAGCCCACGCUGCUCACCGUCAGUCUCUCGCUCGUCCGUCUCGUGGCGGUGGGGCGGGGCGAGGCAAGCUCCAUGUCGACCUUCAUGCCGAUGGCCGACGAUGACCCGCAGCAGGGGCGGCGGGCGACGGUCCCGCCCGUCUCGCUGACGUACGUGCAGCCGCAGGACGUGGAGCUGAAGGACCGGAUCCUGGCACUGAGCUCCGCAACGGAGCUGGAGGAGCUGCCCGACGGGACGCUGCACCGCGUUCCCUUUGCCGUAUUUGAGGCGCGUCUGCGCCAAGGCCUCGUUGUGGGCUUUGCCUUGGUGGAAUCGGUGUCGCCAAGCAGAAUCACACUCCUGACCAGCGCUGCCGCGGUGCGGAAAGACACGGGACUGUGCUUUAUUCUCACAGAGGAGCGGCUUGCGACGCAGGUGGCGGCACCCACAGGCUGA